UCGCCGAAAAGCAUGGGCGAAGAACGGUUCUCUUUGUCUCGUUGUUGGGAAUGGCGCUGACUUGUACAUUGUUCGGAACUUCGAGGACGUAUAGUGAGGCCGUUGUGAUUCGGUUAUUGCAAGGUGUUUUUGCUGGGGCUGUGGGCGUUGGUCGAGGUAGCGUCGCCAGUGUGACAGACCCAACGAACGAAGGUCGGGCCUAUGCAAUCAUGGGAUUCUCCUGGGGACUAGGUGUCGAAUCUCCUGCCAAAAACUAUCCUGAGCUAUUCGGCAAGGUUCAGCUAUUCAUCGAUUAUCCGUACCUUCUUCCUUGUGCGGUGGCAUCAUCUAUAACUCUAACCGGAGCGCUCUUAUCCCUCGCACUUGGACGGGAUGGCAGCUCGCGCGGUGGCGCGAUUUACCUCUCACCUGAUAAAGAGCACAGUCCUUUGCCACUCUCGACGGUUGACGAGGAACCUCCAUCACCAUCUCCUCUACCUGAAGGGCUCGUAUCCCAACUCAAACGCAAAGCUUCACGCCGAUUCAGUGAUGCCCUUUCUAGGCGUCUAUUUGAAAAUUCCCCAAGGUCGGGUGUAUCUGUGCUCAGUCCUCUUACACCAGUCAUUCCUCCCACUAAACAGCGAACAAUGUCACGAACGUCCAAAGUAAAUGGUUCUGCCUAUGGAUAUUCCAGCAGUAGAGUUGGCUCAAUGUCAGGAGCCAGAAGGCCAAGUUUUGCUUCCACCCUCAGGUAUCGGAGAUAUACAAACACUUCUCAACAACAAAGGCCCGAGACUCCUUCGUCCUUUGCUCAGAGGCUUCUUUUGGCCAACGAGAUGAACGCGACAUCUCUUGCUGAUCUCUGGGUACAAGCGGCUAUCAACGUGGAUAACGAAGAGGUGUUCGAGACAGAUUCAGAGUCGGGUGCUUCUGAUCAUGAAGAGGGGACAUCCAAUGCCCCGGCGCCUUCUACGAGCCGCCGUAAUACUGGUACGGGGGCACAUAGGCCCUCCAUAGGAAGUAACACAUCUAGGCCGGGUGCUGGCCUUCGUCGUCUCGGGAUCAUGGAGCCAGCCGGAGUCCGAAGGCCUUCCACGGGAUCAUUCGUUCCAGCGAUUUUCAGCCACACUGGUGUUCGCACCCCACCGAAUAUUGUACCUACGCCGACUCCGGGCCACCAGACACCAGAUCACCAUCGCGUAGACAUGGCUUCGCUUUCCACUAUCGCCGAAAGUCGACCUACUUCUGACCUUAUAGAGGAAAAACCACCGUCGACGUGGAGGAUGCUCCCGCUCUUGAUCAUUUUCCAGUAUGGCUUGCUUGCGUUGCACGGAAUUACUCUACGGGUGGCUUGGAGCUCACACCCGGUCACUUUGCUCAACUGA